AUGUCCUGACUGCGUGUUGUCACCGCGGCUACGCUGUGCACAAAGUAGGCUACAGCCCCGAGGGAUCAUUCCUGCACACAGUAGGCACACAAACAUGUCCUGAGUGUGCAUAUCGUCAUCACGGCAGCCACACCCUCGCGGGGACCCACCAGCCUGGUGUCCUCUUUCAAGUCUAUUCUGCUAGUGAAGAUCCAGCGAGGGCAAGGACAGCCCUCAGAAGGGAAACUGAGGAGCAGCUCAACCUGGCUCACACACACUUGCCCUGUUGCCCUGAAGCUGGGACACUAUGGAUGGCCAGCCAAGCUACAGCCACGCAGAUUGGAUGUCACAAUUGUGCCCGCGAUUGUGGGAUGUCCCCCUGCACCACCUGUCCAUCCCAGGGAGCCAUGACACCAUGACGUACUGCCUGAGCCGGAAGUCCCCAAUCUCCGUGUCAGGGUCUCGACUGCUGCACUUACUGGGGCGGGUCGCGCCCUGCAUUAUGGGGCCCAUGGUGUUGAGAUGGUCAGUCACACAGACCCUGGACGUGAAGCAGCAGCUGGACACAGGGGUGAGGUACCUGGAUCUGCGAAUUGCGCACAUGCAGGGCGGCUCUGAGAAGAAUCUGCACUUUGAACACAUGAUCUACACCACUGCGUUGGUGGAGGACACCCUCACAGAGAUCUCCGAGUGGCUGGAGUCACACCCCCAUGAGGUCAUCAUCCUGGCCUGCAGAAACUUUGAGGGGAUGACAAGAGACUUGCAUGAGUACCUCAUAGACUGCAUCAAGAACAUCUUUGGGAACACGCUGUGUCCACGCGGGGACAUCCCUACGCUGCGGCAGCUGUGGGCACAUGACCAGCAGGUGAUUGUGUCCUAUGAAGAUGAGACCUGUGUGGGUCGCCACCCGGAGCUGUGGCCUGGGAUCCCUUACUGGUGGGGGAACCAGGUGAAGUCCCAGGCGCUCCUGCAGUACUUGGAGACCAUGAGGAACUGCGGUCGCCCAGGUGGCCUGUUUGUGGCUGGCAUCAACCUCACAGAAAACCUGCCCUAUGUCCUCUUGCACCCAUCCGGGUCCCUGGAGAUGCUGACACGGCCCAACCUUCAGUUCCUCAUGCCGUGGGUGAGAGCACAGCAGCCAGGGCCCGGAUCAGGCUGCACCAACAUCAUCGCUGGGGACUUCGUUGGCUCCAAUAGCUUCGUGGGUGAAGUCAUUGGGCUCAACCAGAAGCUGCUGCAGUGACUACAACAACCUGAGGAUGGGGUCAGGGUCAUGGAGGUCACAGUCAAAGGGAUCACGGAGGUCAGGGUCACUGAUCUGUCCUGUCAUCCCCUAAAAAAACUUGAGGCCUAUGUGAGUCAGUCUGUGCCACAUCCUGGUCACUUCUGGUCACUAGGACAUAAGUACCAGGACAUUCUUUGUCAUACUCCAUUGUCCAUGGAGGUCACAUGACCUGUCACCUGCAUCACCUGGCACUAGAUGCCUCUGUUCAUUAAAACGUUCAGAAGCCAAA